UUGGCCAACGGCACGCAGCAGUUUCUCGACACGAUUUGGUCGACGCUUAUGGCCAAGUGCGAUGCGUUUGGCGCACCCGUCGUGCACCGCCACAACGACGCCACGGUCGCCGCUUCUGAUCUUCCUCACGUCAAGUGCAGGCGCAAUCGCGGUUGCGUUCAAGACUGCCAGUGGUACGUCGAAGGACAUCAAGCGCGACCUCUUGGCGCACGGUGUCGAGCUCGGGCUUGACGAGGCCGACCCGCACCCGCGCAUGAAGGAGGCUGACUACGCUGCUCCCAUUGAUAUUGCGUGGCCCCAAGAUUGUCUCGAUUUUGCCUCUACCUUUCUCGCCUGUACGCCACUUCUCGACCCGAUUUUCGAGGGCCGCACGAUCGCGUCUAAGCGCGUGCAAGCCACCAAGUCGCUGUCAGUCGAGCGGUUGAGUUUUGCCCAGGGUCUCUACGAGGAGCUUGUGCACCUUGGCCCGGACGUGCUUGUCCACAGUCUGCGUGACGAUAUCAUUCAGAUCACGCGCCACCCCAAGGACGCAAUCCGCCAAUGCGUUCUCUGGGUGAUUACGUUCCUCCCGCCGGCACUCGACAACAGCUUCUUCCUAGACUUGUCCUUGGCCACUGAAAUGGUCCCAGCGUUCUGGCUCCGCGCAUAG